AACCAAAAAAAAAAAAUUGGCACCACCGCCGAAGAGAAACAAAUCAAAUUUGCAGCCGCUGUUGAAUCGAGAUCGAAGAAGGAAGUGCGGACCCAAUUUCCAGCCGCACAAUUUCAUACCCUGUCAUUAAAAAAGAAUCCGUCUUAAUUUCCAGGGCCGGUUUAACCCCUUGGCCAGAUUUGUCGUCGCCGCCAUAUUUAUAGGAUUUGGUUCGUGGACCUCCAAUUGUGCCUAGUCAAAUUUCUUUUGAGUUACAAGUUUUCAGAGCACACAUUAUGGGUAUUAUACGGAAAGUGACUGGCGCUCCACUAUCUCCACCAACGUUGCCCCCAAGAUAUGACGCAGCGUAUAAAGUUCCAGCAAGUGUCGAGAAGGUGGCAGAUGCAGAUAAUAAGCAAGUGUACGACCUCAAUUCAUUUGAUGACACCAUCAAGUUAUUUGACAUUGAUGAUGCUGUCGAGUUCGCAUACCAGGUUUCAGAAGAGGUGGUUCAAGACAAGUUUCGCAUUCUCUUAUCUCUCCAGUGCUACUCUUCAACCAGCAUGCUCCAUGCAAAAUGCUCAGGAGAUGGACUUCAUCUUUGGGUAAACAUUUGGUCAUAUGUCCAAAAACACGAAUGGGAGCCUCCACCUUGAGGACAAGACACAAACCCUUAAUGGUAUGUUUGGGAACAUGGAUUUGGAUUUCAAAUCCGGAUUUGACUUAAAUUCCAUGUUUGGGAAACUUAAGCAUUUUGAAUUUGGAUUUGAAUCAAAUUCUUUACAUUCAAAACCAAGCUUAAUUUGAAAUU